AUGGACGCUUUGGCUGUUCCAACAGACAGGGGGAAAGGCUGGUACCUUUUCCUAAUGGCACCAAACACCAAAGGACCAACUUUUGCCUGGUUGGACCAAUCAAGACUCUACUGUAAUUCCCAGGUACUAGCCAGAUGCAUGAUACAUUUUUUACAUCAAUUUCCAUCAAUUUCCAUUAUUAAAGUGGCUGGAGUUGAGUCAAUGUCAUUUUUAUCUUGGUUUUUUUCAGGAUCGGCUGUGGCCACCACCCUUGGAAAGGGCUUUCUGGCUAUCUGCAAAGCAGGACACCUGAGCAUACAAACCCAGAGCCAAGAGUACAGUGACUACUCAGACAGAGAGAAGAUGGUGGAGGUUCGCCUGGAUGUGUUAAGGCCAGGGCUACAGGUGCUGAUAUUGGACCAGUGGAUAGAGACCAGAGGAACCACGAAGGCUGCUAUCAAACUGGUGGAGCGGCAGGGAGCGACUGUUGUAGGUGUUGCUGCUGUGGCCAUUGAGAAGAGCGAGGAAGUGACCAGUCCCAUGACUGCCACGGUAAGCACGGGGAGUUGGCUCAGGUCUCCAACCUGA